CUGCGUUACCUUCCUUCUUUUUUCUUACGCGAAAAGUUUAGUAUCCUUCGACUCAACAAAGACUUGGACGCUCUUCAUGUCAGCUCCGAUGCGUCAUUCCUACCCACUCUUACUCGAUCCAUAUUCGAUAGGUAUCUUUCAACAUAUCCUAGUGAGGAAUUGGAGUAUCUUCAUGCUCAAUGCAGCAUCAUACUACAUCGAUUUUAUGAAUCAAAGAGACAUGUCAAGAAGCAGAUCCAUAGUGGAGGGUUGCAAGAACUGAAAAGAGAUGUACAAGCGCGUCUUUUGACAGUGGAGACGUACGGUGGUGAAACAUUCUUGUCCGAGGAUGUAGCUAUCAGUAUUCUACAAGAGACAAAAAACGCUUUCAACAGAGCUUCGCAGCUCUGCGAGAGGUCCGAAGUUCCUAAACAGAGCGAAAAUAUCUUGGAUAUCUUACUAAAGUACCUCUACUCAGAACAUCUAGAUUAUGCCGUUGAAUUGGCAAUAGCUGGUAUUAGCUUAGCUGAACCGAAAGUUAGUCCACCAGCAUAUUUUUUCUCCGUGGUAUCACAGAACACAACAAUAGUGCUUUUGCUAAUGAAGCAAUACGAAGACUCCGUGCUUCCGUUAAUAAAAGGAUCUGUUGUUGAGCAAUGUGUAGCGAAGAAAUGGUCGUCUUCAUUACGAUCGCUUGAGCAAAAAAUAAACAUGGGACUUGAGCGGCAGCUUAAUGCAAUUGUUGGCUACGUUCGCUUUGUGCUAUCAUCGGAACAGAAGAAAGCUGAUUUUCGACCAGAUAAUCAACAAAUUAAUCUCGCCGCGUCAGCGAAUACUCUCUUUUUUAGCCUUGUCAACAAGUGGUGCGCUUCCUCAGCUCACAGGCAGCUGCAAUGGAGAGAGGAUGUGAUGGAGGAAAUUUAG